AACGCUUAGUGAACUUACUUCAUAAAACUUCAACGAUGUUGCCCUGGAUCAGUUCCAUUCUUUGGCUUCUAUUAGUUUCCCAAUCUUUCGCAAACCUGGCGCCAGGAGAACCGGAAGAGGAACAAAUCGAUAUCAACGAAAAGAUCUUGAAUUAUACAAUAAGAUAUUACCAAAAACGAUACGUAGACGGUCAGAACAUGGAUACAUCUCCGUUAUUAGUCCUGUCCACUUUAAUGGAUCUGCAAAACGUUUCGGAUGCCUCGAGUUUGUACGAUCUGCACACUUUGGUCGACUUAGCUCACAAUACUACUGAAGCUGUGUUCACCGAAGUUGGGGAUCUUUCUCGGGAGCUGAUGAACAAAACCGAUAAAGUGAAGGCCAGUUCUCGAUUGUUCGUGGACAGUUCGAUACAAAACAUAAACCAUCGCAUAAACCAGAACCUAACCGUGGAAAGCGUUAGUUUUCGAGAUGCGGCAGAUUCUCUAAAAACCAUUAAUAAAUGGGCUGGUCUUUCCGGAGGAACCGACGAAGUUGCCAAAAUCUAUCAAAUCAAGGCUGAUUCUAAAGCCCUUUUGAUAGCCACUUCCACAUCGAAGUGGGCGCUUGGCUUAAGCCAAACGAGCAAGAAAUUCCAAGAUAAGGAGACCACUUUUCUAGAAGGAACUGUUCAAGGUCGUUACAAAUCCUGGGAUCAACUCCAAGCAGAAAUUGUUGAACUAAGAUCUACCACCAGCAAACUUUGGCUGAUUCUUCCGAAGGAAGGUUCCUCGAUCGCAAGGUUUAGCGAAUCACUAACCGACGAAAAUUUUAAACAAAUCGUAACUGAACUUGAGGGAUCUUCGGACUCACUUAUCCCACUUUCGGUACCUAAAGUGACCAUUGAGUACAAUUCUCAAGAAGACGCCUUCCUGAAAGAUGAAAUGAGAGUGUUUACUACAAUGAGUUAUUAUCUGCAAAACAACAGUGACACCGUUUAUUCGUUUCAAAAUUUUCUGGUCAAAUGUAUCGUUGAACUGACAGAUGGGGGAGCACCGGCAUCAGGAGGAACCCCGUCCAAGGCCGUUGAGUUUACGAGGCCAUUCGUUAUCGUGAUUCUGUCCAACGAAGGAAACAUUCCGCUGGUGAUGGCUAAUUACUUUUCACCGGUGGACAAAAUACACGAGCUGGAAGAUUUGCUCGCCCAGUUGGAAGCCGAAGAAGGGAACGGCAAUCAGGAGCUGUGACUAGAUGCGUUCCCUAAGAUUUAAUUUGUAAAUCAUUCCCUGGUGAUCAAUAAACAUAACUUCUACUUCUUUCCGUUCCGAA